AUGGCUUCCACCUCGACCGACGCCCCCAUCGCCGAGGGCUCCCUCGCUGACCAGCUUCGCGAGCAGCAUUCUCAGCCGCAUACUGUCACUGUCGAGGACGACGUUGACGAGGACCUCCCCGCCAAACCUACGCCGCCCGCUGUGAAGAAAUCGCUGGAUACCCAAUCCCAUGAGCUGUUCCCCGAACUUGGCGCCGCCAAGGGCAAGAGUGCUAAUGUUGCUCCUAUCUGGGGUGUGAAGAAUGGCACUCCUACCAAUGAUGCUGGCACGUCGGCUCCUGUCAACGCUCCAGCCCCCGGUAACAAUGUCAAGACCAACUUCUCCAUUCCCGGGCGCCAGGUCGAGUCCUACACCCUCGAACCGCAGCAUGUUCAGCCUCGCGGCCAGCUCAAGAAACCCAUUCCCGAUAUCAUCAAGGACAUCAAUCGCAAGUCGCGCGCCAACAUCAACAUGUCAACUGUCGCCGGCGGCCUGAUGCGCUUUGAUGCGACCGGCCCACAAGAUAUUGCGCAGCAGGCGCUGAAGGACCUGGUCAAUCAAAUCGGUACCAAGAUCACAAUCAAGGUGCCAAUUCCUCGCUCGACUCGUGCGCACGUCAUUGGCAAGUCUGGUUCUAUGAUCAAGGCGAUCCAGGAGAAGACCGGCGCUCGCAUUCAGCUUCCCAAGUCCGAGAAUCAGGAGGCUGCCGAUGAAGAUGAUGAAGCGACCAUUGAUGUCAUCGUCGAGGGCAAUGCCCUGACUGUCGCAUCAGCUCGCGACGAGAUUAACAAGAUUGUCCGCGAGCGCGGCGCCACUGCGGAUCUCAAGGUCAAAGGAAUCCCUGCUGCCUUGUUCCCCUUCCUCUCUGGCCCCGACAACUCGCUUGCCAAGGCUUUGGAGGAAGAUCACGGCGUUCAGGUGCGCGUGCCUGCUCACCAGGCCUAUUCUCCAGCUCCCCAGUUUGGCGCUGGGCAGCGGCCGCAGUUCAUGCCGUGUGAUGAUCGGGACAACCUGAUCCAGCUCGGCGGCGAUCGAACGGCAGUGCAGAAGGCUCGUGCUGAGAUUGAGCGCCGGGCGGCCGAGCUCGCCCUGGAGCUUCAGAUGGAGCAGCUGUCGAUCCAGCGCGGCCGUCAUCAGUUCAUUAUUGGUGAUCGUGGCGUGUCGCCCGACGAUUUCUUUGCGGAGACUGGCUGUGCUAUCCUGCUGCCCACUGAUGAGGAGGACGACCUUGUCACUAUUAUUGGCCCUGUUGAUCGCGUGUCCGCCGGUACCGACAAGGUCAUGGAUCUGUCGAUGAACAUGCAGAUGUCGAACUUGGACAUCUCCCGUGCUCAUCGCAACGCCCCUACCGGUGCUGCCGCUCAUGCUGGUUUCGUGACUCGCUACCUGCGCCAGCGCAACGAGAUUGCCCGUCUCGAGAGACUGUACAACACCCACAUCAACACCCCCUUUUCGUCAGACGGUGCUCUGCCUUGGGAGCUGUACUCGCGCGAAGGCAAGAAUGCCAUCCGCGCUCAGUCUGAAAUUACUGGCAUCAUUAAUGCUCAUCCCCCCACGCGUCUGCAGCCCGUUCACGUGGACCCGUUCUUCCACCAGUAUUUGCGCAAAAACAUCACUCCUGAUGUGAGGAAGGAUUUUGGCGUUCACAUGGUCGUCCCCAAGGCCGGAGAGGGCAACGCGCCUCUCGUCCUGGUCUACGAAGGCCCCGAGCCCACCGAGGGCGAGUACCAGCUCCCUCGUCACAAGCCGGAUGAGAACGAAAUUAAGACUUUCCAGCAGGGCCUUCAGGAUGCCGAGCGCCAUAUCCUUGAGCUCAUCAAUAAGCAGGAGAAGCUCGACAGUGUGACUCUGGACGUCCCGGUCAAGUUCCACGAGAGGCUCCGCAGGUUCAUCAAGAGUGAGCAGGAGAAGCGUCCGGCAGACCAGAUCCCCAUUCGCGUCACCAAAGUCGGCACGAACGUUACUCUGCGCGGACCCACUUCAGCGGUUCAGAACCUCGCGGCCAAGUCGCAGGCGUUCAUUGCGCAGGAGAAGGAAGACGACAAGGAGCGUGGCUUCACCCUUGCAUUCGACUUCCCCCAGAAGCACGCCAACAAGCUCAUCGGCAAGGGUGGCAGCAACAUCAAGGAGCUGCGGGAUCGCUUUGACGUCGAGAUCCAGGUUGGAGACGGCAAGGUCGAGCUCAAGGGUCCCAAGGCCAAGGCUGAGACUGCGCGCACCUACAUUCAAAACCUGGGCCGCACUCUGGACGACGAGACCACCCACACGCUCAAGAUUGAUCCCAAGUUCCACCGUGAGCUCAUUGGCGCCCAGGGCGCUCAGAUCAACCGCCUACAGACCCGUUACAAGGUUCUCAUCUUCUUCCCCCGCUCCGCCAAGUCUACUGGUGAGGAUCAGGCUGGCAGUGACGCUGCGAGUGAGGCUGGUGGCAAAGCUCGCCGCCAACAAACCCCUGAUGAGGUCAUCAUCCGCGGACCCAAGCGUGGAGCCGACGAGGCUCGCGAUGAGAUCUUCUCGCUGUACAAGUAUCUCGAAGAGAACUCCCACAGCGCAACUGUCCCUGUCAAGCAGAAGCAGGUCGGCUCCUUGAUUGGCCAAGGCGGCGCCGCGCUCGACGAGCUUCGCCAGGCUACCGGUGCCCGCAUCGAUGUGCCCUCCGAUCGUGACACGGAUGUUGUUGACAUUGUCGUCAAGGGCACUGCUGCCCAGGUGGCUAAGGCGAAGAAGGUCUUGGAGGAGAAGCGCGCCAUCUUUGACGAUACGGUUGUGCAAACUGUGGAAGUCGACAAGAAGCACCACCGCGCGUUGAUUGGCACUAGUGGCGCCACGCUCCGAGACAUUGUCGUUGGAGCUGGUGGCUCUGAUGAUCGCCGUGAGCUCGCGCGUACUAUCCAGUUCCCGAAGCAGGAUGCGGACGGCAACUCUAUCAAGGUUGAGGGCCGUACUGAUGUCGUUGAGAAGAUCAUCAAGCGUAUCCAGGAAAUUGUCGCUGAGCGCGAAAGCCAAGUGACCGAGGUCGUUGAGGUGCCAGUCGACCAGCACCGCUCCCUCAUCGGACGGGGCGGAGACAUCAAGCGGCAGAUGGAGACCAAGUACACGGUCAGCAUCGAUGUGCCUCGCCAGGGCAGCGGCCAGACUGGCGUCAAGGUCACUGGCCGUCCCGAAGCCGUCGAAAGUGCCAAGGAGCACAUUGCUUCUCUACUGAAGUCACAGCAAGGCGAGACCAUCCAGGUGCCUCGCAGCGCGCACCAUGCUGUCUCGAACGGCGGCCAAUUCUUCCGUCAGCUGCGCAACAACCACCAGGUCACGGUAGACCAUGCUGGUCAGCCGCUCCCCGCCAAGCCCGAUACGACGCGCGCCAACGGUGGCUCACUGCCGCUCAUCACUGACGAUGAGGACGCCACCGCUGACGCCCAUUCAUGGAAAGUCGUCCAGACGGGUGCUGGCGAGGAAGGCGACAUUCCCUGGGUCCUCCGUGGCAGCCCAGAGAACGUAGCCAAGGCCAAGGAGGCCAUCGAGCGAGCUCUGGCGCAAGCCCAAAAGAGCGAUGCGACAGGGUACCUGGUUCUUCCAGACCCCCGUACCUACCGCUUCGUCAUCGGAUCUGGUGGCAGCAAGGUCAACGCCAUCCGCAAGCAGACCGACUGCAAAAUCCAGGUGCCCCGUGCCGAGGCGAAGGAUGAGGCCAUUGAGAUUAUUGGCAGCUCAGCUGGCGUUGAGCAAGCAAAGGACUUGAUCCUUGAGGCUGUUCGCGAGGGUCUCAGCCAGGCGCGGGAGUAA